GGGAGUAGUUUGUACUGGAGGAGCGUGUGUGCUUCAUUCAGCGCUGGACAAACUGAAACAUUUCAACUGUAAGCAGCACCAUUGCGGGACAGUUCCUACCACACUGAUAGACCUUGCAAAGAGAUGGGUUGUGAAAUGAAGUGACUGACAACUGCUGAUACACAGAUUUCUUACAGUGGUGCAUCAGCAAGCAAGAGUUGACAAGGUGUACACUUUGGACUUUGCUCAUCUUCCCAAAGGAUAAUGGCCAAAGAUGCUGGUCUGAUUGAGGCCAAUGGGGAGUUAAAGGUUUUUAUUGACCAGAAUCUGAGUCCGGCCAAAGGAGUUUUGUCCUUAGUGACUGUACAUCCCCAGUCCAUUGCAGUGGGAAAACAACUUUUGCCAAAAACGCUGGGGCCAUCAAAUGUCAACAUCACACCACAGAUGGUCAUCGGGACACCUCAAAGGCCAAGUGGCUCCAGUGUGCUGCUUAUGAACAGUCCUCAUACACCCAGCCAGCAGUUCAUCACUCAGAGCCAAGCUCCUGAUGCCUCACCAUGGUCCUCAGGGAAAAGAAGUAAGAAAGGGGAGAAGAAUGGCAAAGGUUUGAGGCAUUUCUCUAUGAAGGUCUGUGAAAAGGUACAGAAAAAAGGUGUCACCACAUAUAAUGAAGUGGCAGAUGAGCUGGUGGCUGAAUUCAGCUCAGGUGACAACCACAUCUCUCCAAAUGAUGCGCAAGUGUAUGAUCAAAAGAAUAUUCGGCGGCGCGUCUAUGACGCCCUUAACGUGUUAAUGGCGAUGAACAUCAUUUCAAAGGAGAAAAAAGAAAUCAAGUGGAUUGGGCUCCCCACUAACUCUGCUCAGGAAUGCCAAAACCUUGAGGUUGAGAGGCAAAGACGCUUGGAAAGAAUCAAGCAAAAACAGUCACAGCUCCAAGAGCUCAUUUUACAGCAAAUUGCAUUCAAGAACCUUGUGCAGCGUAACCGUCAGACAGAGCAGCAAACAAACAGGCCACCACCUGACAAUUCAGUAAUUCACCUGCCUUUCAUCAUCAUAAACACCAGCAAGAAAACCGUUAUUGACUGCAGCAUCUCCAAUGACAAAUUUGAGUACCUGUUCAACUUUGACAGCAUGUUUGAGAUCCACGAUGACAUUGAGGUUUUGAAGCGUAUGGGCAUGGCAUGUGGACUGGAGGCAGGCAAAUGCUCUGCUGAAGAUUUAAAGGUUGCCAAAAGUCUGGUGCCUAAAGCAUUGGAGCCAUAUGUCACAGAGAUGGCGCAGGGCCCAAUCAGUAACGUCUACAUGACAUCUGCUAAUGGGGGUCGAUAUCACGUCAGCAGUGAUGGUGGUGCAGAUGGAACAAUGGCCUCCAGCUCCAAUGACUCGCACUACAGUGGUUCUCGAGUCGAGACUCCAGUAUCUUACAUGGAUGAUGACGACGACGAAGAUGACUACGAUGAGAACGAUGAUGACGACUAACCUGAGCCCCCUCAUUGUGCACAAAUCUUCCAGCAGCUAUAUUCAUGGGGUUUAUCGAACACACAAAGCUUUCUCCCCCUUUUGCUUCUAGCACACAUUCUAUUUCCCAUCGCCCUGAUUUGGGCAUUGAGGGACAUGGGCUUUGAGUGUUCAUCCAGUUCUUUCAAGUUAUCCUGGUAAAUCGUAACCCUGAGUCUGGUGCUAGCGCCAGCUGUGGUCCUGCUGGAUCUUUUUUUUUUUUUUUUUUUUUUUUCAAAGUCAGUUUGAAGUAGCUGCACUUGUUCCAGUGUCUACUGGGAUCAGCAUGACCUCUAAAAAAAAAAAAAAACUCUCAGCCUGCCAACCAACCGCUGUUGGAGAAUGUGUAGUGACAUUUAAGAAGUAGUUCGGCUAUCUGCAUUUGAACAAUUUAUUUAUUUUUUUUUUUUUAUGCUGGCUUUUCACCCUGUGAAGAUUCAAGAUGGUUGCCUCCUCUUAGACUGUAGGUUUAAAGAAUGGGCACAGCCAGCUUCUAUUUCACCCCGUCGGGGUAAGUCUUUGGAUCUAUGGACACUUUUUGUAUGAGUAGAUGAAUUAUUGGCUUUUUUGUAUAAAAAAAAUCCUCCUUGUGUGUUUGGCUUCCUGUUAUUCUGUGGGCAGCUGUUGUAGGGAGCUCUGUUUUUUAUGUUUUUGUUUUUGUUAGGGCUUUAGAGGUAAACCUCACCAGUUGUUCCAUCUGUGUGUUUUACAACUGACAGUCAUCAAGAAAUCAGACAAACUUUAUAACCCACUGAAGUUUAUAGGAAAUUGAGGUACAGUGUACAAAUAAUGUAUCAGAACCUCUAAAGAUUAGUCUCUAGUUCCUCUCCAGGUCAGUAACACUACAGAGUGUGUGUGAUUGUUGAUGCGUAUCCCAGCAUGGGUUAUAUGUCUCUUUUUUGGACUCCCUUAAAAAAAUAAACUUGUACCGACUCAUCAAAUGUAACUUUUCUGUAAUCUAAUAUAAGUUUGGAAAUUAAAAUAUAAUGUUUU